UGGGCUUCUCUGCUCUCCCUGCUGGCACAGCAAUCCUAGAAGGUCAAGGGCAAGAAAAUGGAUGGAUGGAAGGAAAAACACCCACAAUAUAGGACAGCGGAGAGUGACGAUAAUACACGAUACACUCAUUUGCACCAAUAUCUGAAAUCAGAAGCGUUUCGUUUUCCAAUUAAAAGAAGCACUGAAAGAGCUGGGGGGGCAGUAUAAAAGUGCAUCUCAACACAGAAAACAUCGAUAAAUAAAAACAUUUUAAAAGGUAAAAUCAGAGCUCACACAAGUGCUCUUCCACAUCUAACGCGUCCAUCCAUGUGUGCAUACUGUAGUAACCAAUAUGACAUAUGACAUCCUGCCUUCUCGUCAUUGGUUUUAUUAAUAAAAGCUACAUAUUUUGCAGUGGGGGGGUGGGGGUUGGGGUGGUGAAUGUAACGCCCGCACUCGCGUGUUCGCUCUUUUGUCUGAGCUGCUGUGACUCAGCACAUUGUGCGGCGCGCGAGCACUGGGCGACGAGAGAGAGAGAGAGAGAGAGAGAGAGAGAGAGAGAGAGAGAGAUGGGCUCGGCUGUGCUGAGCAGGGUUCGAGGUCCGAACUUCGAAGGUUCCGCCGCUCUCCCACAAAGCAGAGAGCCGCGAUCGCGCUCCGCACUCAGUGACACGUGCGACACUCAGCGACAGCGCACAUGGCCAACAACAAGGUGGCCGUGGUGACGGGCGCCAACAAGGGCAUCGGCCUGGCGAUCGUGCGGCGCCUGUGCGCGGCGCCCUUCCCCGGCGACGUGCUCCUGACCGCCCGCAACGAGGAGCUCGGCCGGGCCGCGGUGGAGCAGCUCCGCGCAGAGGGCCUGCGCGCCGUCUUCCACCAGCUCGACAUCUGCGACCAGGGCAGCGCGCGCCGCUUCGCCGCCUUCCUGCGCGACGCGUACGGCGGGCUCGACGUGCUCGUCAACAACGCGGGAAUAGCCUUCAAAACCACCGCAGUGGAGUCGUUUGGAGAGCAAGCGGAGGUGACCAUGCGGACCAACUUCUGGGGGACGCUGUGGGUGAGCCACGCGCUGCUCCCACUGCUGCGUCCCCACGCACGCGUAGUCAACGUUUCCAGCUUCGUGAGCCAGCGGGCCCUCCAACAGUGCAGCCCAGAGCUACAGGCUAAGUUCCGUGACCCCGAGCUGAGCGAGGAGGAGCUGUGCUCUCUCAUGGGGGACUUUGUCAUCGCUGCUCAGAGGGGGGACCACAAGGCCCAGGGCUGGCCUGACACCGCGUACGGCACCACUAAGAUUGGCGUAACCGUGCUGUCGAGGAUCCAGGCCCGAGUUCUCCGGCAGACGCGGCCCGAUGAUGGCAUCCUCCUCAACGCCUGCUGCCCCGGUUGGGUGAGGACAGACAUGGCCGGCCCCAAAGCCCCCAAGAGCCCGGAGGAGGGCGCCGAGACACCCACCUACCUGGCGCUGCUGCCGCAGGGGGCCAAAGAGCCUCAUGGGCAGCUGCUGUGGGACAAGGCGGUCCAAGAGUGGUAGAGGGAGCAGCUGCACUGGGGCCGCGAACCUGUCCGCACCUGUCGGACAGUCGGGUGACUUCAGCCCCGCUGGCGUCUGUCAUACCAAUGCGGUGCCUUGCUGUCCAGUGCCUUGAUUCCGUCAGAAAUUCAGCUGCAGAUGCGCUGGCUCACGAAUCAGUAAUGCAAACGUAAUUUUUCAUGUAUAUGUUUGAUUCCCUUGAGGGUGAAAUACCGUUAAUAAUAAUAAUAAUAAUAAUAAUAAUAAUAAUAAUAAUAAUAAUAAUAAUAAUAAUAAAUCAAAUUUACUGUUUGUCCAGGUGGAAGAAGUUGGUCUGGAAAAAAGUUCUGGGGAAAAAAUAUCCAACUGAAAUAAUGCAUUUAUAAAGAAUAAUUAAAAUAGCAAU